AUGGCAUACGAACACAAUAGCCAAUCAAAUGGGUCUGACGGAUAUGGAUCAUAUUCUUCUUAUGGUGGAAAAGAUGAAUAUUAUCUGAAUAGUUAUAGUGGUGGCGGUGGUGGCUAUCGUGGCAAUCGAGGACGAGGGUCACGAGGCAAUAGUUACUAUGGCAAUAGCUACCGAGGUGGAUCUGGUAGAGGAGGGUAUUAUAAAAGUUAUAACAACAAUUAUUAUGGGGGAAGAGGUGGAGGAUACCGAUCAUAUUCCAAUUAUCACGAUCAAGGAAAUGAUAAUGUAGGAUCAUCAUCAACAAUCCCAUCGCAUAAUGGAGAUUACGAAUCUCAAGAUAAUGCACAAGACACUGAACUGUCUUAUUCGUCACGACCUCAUAUUUCUUCUGGAUUCCAUCGUGGUUCAUAUAGAGGGGGGUUUAGAGGAGGUUAUCGAGGACGCGGUGCUGGUGGUGCUGGUGGUGCUGGUGGGUUGCAUAAUGGAUCAACAGCUACUACUACUACUACAACAACACGUCAUUAUAAAGAUAUAAUAAAUGAAAAUAAAUUGAAGAAUUUUAAUAAUCCAUGGAUAAAUAUUAUGAAAAUUGAAGAUGAAGCAACUCAAAAUAAAUUGGAAAAAAGUUAUAAUGAUAUGACUGAAUUGGAUUUUAGUAUAAUUGAAUUACAAAAGUCAAAAUUAAAAUUGGAAAUGUCAAUGUCAUUGAUUGAAAAACAAAUAGAUAAAGAAGGGUUACAUGUGGAAUUAACAAAUGAAAAACUAGAAGAGUUUGCUUAUUUGUAG